AUGGAGACCCCAUAUUCGAUGACGGCUCACUACGACGAGUUCCAGGAGGUCAAAUACGUGAGCCGGUGCGGCACGGGAGGAGCGCGCGGGGCCUCGCUGCCCCCCGGCUUCCCGCUGGGCGCGGGGCGCAGCGCCACCGGGGCCCGGGCGGGGCUGCCGCGCUGGAACCGGCGCGAGGUGUGCUUGCUGUCGGGACUGGUGUUCGCCGCCGGCCUCUGCGCCAUCCUGGCCGCCAUGCUGGCGCUCAAGUACCUGGGUCCCGGCGCCGCGGGCGGCGGCGGCGGCGCCUGCUCCGAGGGCUGCCCGGAGCGCAAGGCCUUCGCGCGCGCCGCCCGCUUCCUGGCCGCCAACCUGGACGCCAGCAUAGACCCGUGCCAGGAUUUCUACUCCUUCGCGUGCGGUGGCUGGCUGCGGCGCCACGCCAUCCCCGACGACAAGCUCACCUACGGUACCAUCGCUGCCAUCGGCGAGCAGAACGAGGAGCGACUGCGGCGCCUGCUGGCGCGGCCCGGGGGUGGGCCGGGGGGUGCGGCCCAGCGCAAGGUGCGCGCCUUCUUCCGCUCGUGCCUCGACAUGCGUGAGAUCGAGCGGCUCGGCCCACGGCCCAUGCUGGAAGUCAUCGAGGACUGCGGGGGCUGGGACCUGGGCGGUGCCGCCGAGCUCCCGGGGGCCGCCGCGCUCUGGGACCUCAACCGGCUGCUGUACAAGGCCCAAGGCGUGUACAGCGCCGCCGCGCUCUUCUCGCUCACCGUCAGCCUGGACGACAGGAAUUCCUCGCGCUACGUCAUCCGCAUUGACCAGGAUGGGCUCACUCUGCCGGAGAGGACCCUGUACUUAGCGCAGGAUGAGGAGAGUGAGAAGAUCCUGGCAGCAUACCGGGUGUUCAUGGAGCGCCUGCUCAGCCUGCUGGGGGCCGAUGCCGUGGAGCAGAAGGCACAGGAGAUCCUGCAGCUGGAGCAGCGGCUGGCCAACAUCACAGUGUCAGAGUACGAUGACCUCCGGCGGGAUGUCAGCUCCAUGUACAACAAGGUGACGCUGGGGCAGUUGCAGAAGAUCACCCCUCACCUGCAGUGGAAGUGGCUGCUGGACCAGAUCUUCCAGGAGGACUUCUCGGAGGAUGAGGAGGUGGUGCUGUUGGCCACAGACUACAUGCAGCAGGUGUCCCAGCUCAUCCGCUCCACACCCCGCAGGAUCCUGCACAACUACCUGGUGUGGCGCGUAGUGGUGGUCCUGAGUGAGCACCUGUCACCACCGUUCCGAGAGGCGCUGCACGAGCUGGCACGGGAGAUGGAGGGCAGUGACAAGCCACAGGAGCUGGCCCGUGUCUGCCUGGGCCAGGCCAACCGGCACUUUGGCAUGGCGCUUGGAGCUCUCUUUGUACAUGAGCACUUCUCAGCUGCCAGCAAGGCCAAGGUGCAGCAGCUUGUGGAAGACAUCAAGUACAUCUUGGGCCGGCGCCUGGAGGAGUUGGACUGGAUGGAUGCUGAGACCAAGGCAGCUGCUCGGGCCAAGCUCCAGUACAUGAUGGUGAUGGUAGGCUACCCCGACUUCCUGCUCAAACCCGAGGCUGUGGACAAGGAGUACGAGUUUGAGGUCCACGAGAAGACCUACUUCAAGAACAUCUUGAACAGCAUCCGCUUCAGCAUCCAGCUCUCAGUCAAGAAGAUCCGGCAGGAGGUGGACAAAUCCACGUGGCUGCUCCCACCACAGGCCCUCAAUGCCUACUAUCUACCCAACAAGAACCAGAUGGUGUUCCCGGCAGGUAUUCUGCAGCCCACGCUCUAUGACCCUGACUUUCCACAGUCUUUGAACUACGGGGGCAUCGGCACCAUCAUUGGACAUGAGCUGACCCACGGCUAUGACGACUGGGGGGGCCAGUAUGAUCGCUCAGGCAACCUGCUGCACUGGUGGACGGAGGCCUCCUACAGCCGCUUCUUGCGCAAGGCGGAGUGCAUCGUGCACCUGUAUGACAACUUCACCGUCUACAACCAGCGCGUGAAUGGGAAGCACACACUUGGUGAGAACAUCGCGGACAUGGGCGGCCUCAAGCUGGCCUAUUAUGCCUAUCAGAAGUGGGUGCGGGAGCACGGCCCGGAGCACCCGCUGCACCGGCUCAAGUACACGCACAACCAGCUCUUCUUCAUUGCCUUUGCCCAGAACUGGUGCAUCAAGCGGCGGUCACAGUCCAUCUACCUGCAGGUGCUGACCGACAAGCACGCACCUGAGCACUACAGGGUGCUGGGCAGCGUGUCCCAGUUCGAGGAGUUUGGCCGGGCCUUCCAUUGCCCCAAGGACUCACCCAUGAACCCUGCCCACAAGUGCUCUGUGUGGUGAGCCUGGCCAUCGGCCCGCACGCCCUCGCCACCCGCCCUGCACGAAUUGCCUCCCUGCCAGCUGCCGGGGCAGGCAUGGACCCGGCACUGGUCUGCUCUGGGCGCCACCUACCUUAAGGCCUCCAGGACCUGGCCUUCUUGCUAUCCCUCACUUCCGGAGGGGCCCGGAGCAGGGAUGGGGCUGGGCUCCAGGAGGCCAUGGGGGUGAGAUGCUGGGGU